GGUGUAAGACAGGGCGACGUUAUAUACCCGAAACUCUUCACCGCUUCAUUGGAAGACAUUUUCAAGCUACUAGGCUGGAAAGGAUACGGUAUUAACUCAAUGGCGAGUAUAUCACUCACCUUCGAUUUACCGACGAUAUAGUCCUUAUGGCAGAAUCGCUGGAGGACCUAAGCACUAUGCUCAAUGACCUCAAUAGUGUCUACCAACGGAUAGGUCUUAAGAUGAACAUGGACAAAACAAAGAUCAUGUUUAAUGUCCAUGUCACACCUAUGCCGGUAGCUAUUCGGAGUACUAAGCUCGAAGUUGUUAACGAGUAUGUUUACCUGGGACAAAUAGUCCUACUAGGUAAGUCCAACUUCGACCGAGAGGUCAAUCGACGGAUGCAACUCGGUUGGGCAGCGUUCGGGAAAUUACGGCACAUCUUGUCAGGUAUACCUCAAAACUUGAAAACUAGACUAUACAACCAGUGCGUGUUGCCAGUGAUGAUCUAUGGAACUGAAACGUGGUCCUUCACUGCUGGCCGGAUGAGGUUGCUCAGCGAGCUAUGGAGAGGGCUAUGCUCGGAGUUUCUCUGCGUGAUAAACUUAGAAAUGAGGAUAUCCAGAGUGACCGACAUUGCCCAACGGAUUAGUAAGCUGAAGUGGCAAUGGGCCGGCCAUAUAGCUCGAAGAACCGACGACCGAUGGGGAAAAAAAGUUCUCGAGUGGCGGCCUCGUACCGGCGGACGAAGUGUAGGGCGUCCCUCCACUAGAUGGAGUGACGACCUGGUAUGACAUGCAGGAAGUCGAUGGAUGCAGGUGGCUCAGGACCGUGUUUUGUGGCAUUCCUUGGGGGAGGCCUAUGUUCAGCAGUGGACUUGUGAAGGGCUGUAAUGAUGAUGAAUGGUCGGAAGCCGGCCUUGCUCUCUCUUAUCGAAACGCAAGUGUUUAGGUUAGGAAACUGGCUGAUUAUUGAGGCUACUCCUUUGUGACCCUGCCUGGAGUUUGCGUAUACGUGAAAGAGGACAUCUGUUUUCAACGCCCCGGCAAUCUUGAAGGUCGCCUCGAGAUGAACCUGUCCAUCUCGAGGCUGCGCGACAAACAUCCCCGCGUCCACAGGUGCCUCUAUAGGUUCCAUAUAAGUAAUACAGACCGACUCAUCGACCACGUCCAAAUGCUGCAGACGCCGUGCUCAACAAGUGCCAUCUGGAGAGAUCGUGAUCCUUGGUGAUUUGAACGCCCAUCACGCUGGAUUGGUUCCCGUUUAACCGAUCAUGCGUUUAGAUCUGUUUAUGACUGACUUGGCAUAUGAUCUGACACAACUGGUUUCUUCGCGUACGCGGAUCCCAGAUGUGGAGGAUCAUGCACCUUCCCUGUUGCACCUUCUGCUGACCUUCAUCCGGACGGAUAUAGGUGUCCGUCGAUGCCCCUCUUGGCAUUUCGGACCAUUGUUUGAUCCGGAGUACGGUGCCACUCAUGCUACGUUGCGGUUCGUUCUACAUGUUGCUGCCUUGUUUAUCAUUAUAGGUUUGCCGAUUGGGACAGGAUGCGGUCUUUUUUGCAUACCCCCUGGGGGCGGGUUUGCUUUUUGCCGGAUGAUCCCAACAACGCUACGAGGCCUGGGUUAACAUCAACGUCUUAGAAUAAGACAAGCGCUCUUAAAAAGACGUACAAUUCCGCCUCCAGGUCCUUCAAAAGUGUCAUUGGCAAAGCGAAGUCAGAGCGCAUCGGCAAAAAUGGCGAGAAACUUGUUCGACUGCCUUCGGGAACACCUGCAUUAUGAUAUCUUGCCAAGGACAGCUUGGGAACUUCUGUCAGCCAUCUCUACCAUCUCUGCACAGGGAGGAAGACUCACUGGCCUUUACAGCAAAGGAGAAAGCCAAUCUGCUAAGCUCUCUCUUUGCGUCCAACUCGACUCUCAAUGACGGGGGAACACGACGCCGACCAUCCCACGGUGUGAGUGCACUCCACUUUCUGGACCUUAACAAGUCGAGUGGGCCUGAUAGAGUCACUCUUAUUGUGCUGAAGACGUGUGCUUCGGAGUUGGGACCAGUUUUAACGCGUAAUUUCCGUUACUCCUAGGCGUAGUCCUGAAUUCAUGGAAGAUAGCUUUGGUCCACCUGAUCCCUAAAAAUUCACGUCUAACUACAGGCCUAUCGCCAUCGUCUCCAUGUUCUCCAAAAUAAUGGAAUCCAUUAUAAAUUGUCAGCUCAUAAGGUACCUUCAGCUGGGUAAUCUUCUGGUCUACUUGACUCAUAGAUGGGCGGAGGCAGUAGAGUCCAAGAGGUAGGCAUUGAUCGUUACUUUGGACAUUGCGAAGGCGUUCGAUCGGGUUUGGCACACCGCGCUUAUUUAAAAGAUCCCUUCCUAUGGGCUACCCAAGAAAAUUGGAUCACCAGCUUUCUUGUCGAUCGGAGCAUCAAGGUCGUAGUAGACGGUGCAUGCUCCUAUUACAAGCGUAUUAACGCUGGUGGUCCACAAGGCUGCGUCUGUCACUAACGCCAUUACUCCUGCAUAUCAGUGAUAUUGUUGCGCGCCACUAUUGUCUUGUACAUGGCAACACUAGUUACACUAGCGCCCUCUAGUGUCGAGUAGCAGAACUAGGAGAGUCAAGAUCCUUCCAGAAAUUUCGGGACCGAUAAGUACUCGAACAUUCUAGAUGUCGCUACAGUAGGAGGUUCUGGAAAUUAUCUGAGGCCCUAUAUAAGGCUGGUAUAGACUACGACCGGGGCAGUAUUGAAUUGGCGAUAUACGCGAAUAGUUCGAAGUGAUAUAACUGCGAACUAAUGUGCAAUUAUGUUUUAUUAUUAGUGUGGUUUUUAAGUUGUAAUUAGUGUUCCGUAAUUAGUGUCAAUUUUGGUAAUUCAAUCGGCAGUUUUAAUUGUCUCGAACUCCAAGUUCGUAACAAUAUUAUAAUAAAAAACUAACUAUAUUAAGCCAGUAAAAUUUAUGUAAAUAAAAUUUUCUCAAAAUGUUUGUCACUGAAUUUCUCAUUACAGGAAUAUAAUAUAGAGGGUGUUAAUACAUACAGCUUACACCCUGGAGUUAUAAAAACUGAGCUAGGCCGUCAUAUGGAUGACACUUUAUUUUGGGGAGCAAGAAAACUAUUUGGAAUCCUACGGCCUUUUCUGAAGUCCCCUGAGCUAGGGGCACAAACCACAAUUUACUGUGCAGUGGAUGAAAAAUGUGCCAAUGAGACUGGAUUAUAUUACAGUGACUGUGUUGUGACAACUCCCCACAGUAAUGCCUUAAAUGAUGAAUAUGCUAAAAAGUUAUGGGAUGUUUCGAUGGAACUUGUUGGCCUUCAGGAUUAUAACCCAUUUACUGCAAAUGAUCCUGGAGUGAAAAACAAAUAAUACCUCAUUUGAAACUAACAAUUUUUGCACAUUUUUAAACACCAUUUUUGUAAUAUUUUCAUAAUGGCUUUUAUAAAUUUAUGAGACUAAUACUCAAUUUUGUUAAAAUGUGUAGUUUAUUAAGCGGUUUACUGCAUUUUCUAUACCUUUUAUAUAUUGAUUUAAAUUAGGUGCAAGGUGUACAUUUUUUAAACAUUUAAUAGGUUCUUUAAAAGUGAUUACCAUUUUGUUAUAUUUCAAUUAGUAUUAGUUAUUUCUUAAACCAUAAUCUCUAUGUUAAGUAGCAUGUGAUAACAUAGUGCAUUUUGAACAAGUAGGGUGCUAAGGUAACUGCAUUUUGUAUACAUUUUCAUAUUGAUUUAAAUUAGGUGCAAGGUGCACAUUUUUUAAACAUUUAAUAGGUUCUUUAAAAGUGAUUACCAUUUUUGUUAUAUUUCAAUUAUUAUUAGUUAUUUCUUAAACCAUAAUCUCUAUGUUAAGUAGCAUGUGAUAACAUAGUGCAUUUUGAACAAGGGUGCUAAGGUAACACAACUAGAAUUUUAGUGUAUUAUCUUAAGAGUUGUGAAAAACCUCUCUAAAGUUGUAUAAUUUUGUUAACACUUUGUGUAACUUUAUAUUUAAAUCAUAAAUAUUUUUAAAAUUGUUUCAAACUUGUAUUUGUUAUAAAAAAAAAAACUGAGUAUUAAUAAUAUCGUUUUGUGUUUGACAAUUCUUAAAAGAAUUACAAUAUUGUUUCUUAAUUAGAAUAUACCUAAAACAAUUGUUGUUAGGUUGUAUUUAUUAUCUGUUGUUAAUACAUAAUAUUAUGCAU